AAGUCGAAGCGGAAAGACGCGUUUUGCUCUCGUCCUCUUUUUGCCGGUUAUUCGGAAAAUCGCAAUCGCAGUUAUCGGAAGAAUCUUAACAAUCGCACUGAUAAUUAUUUUGGCCAACAUAAAGCACAAAGCGCAUAUCCAAAAGAUACGAAAAAAAACCUCACGGAUUACGAUUUUGUUUAUAUGCCGUGGGUGCGUGCGUGUGCGUGUGAGUAUCUGUGUGAGCAGCGCGUGUAAACAAAAAACGAGCGUUGUAUCUUCGGCUUUGAUAAGCUGAAAAGUUUGAUAAUAAGGCAGGAAAACACAAGUGCUACUACUGUUGAAAGGAAAUCCAAACAAAUCGCCGGCAAGUGGAAUAGUGAAAUUUAAGAUACAACUGUAAAUACAGCGGAAUUAUUGAAAAAUAUACACAUAAUAUCGGCUGGCGAUAUCGCUGCAAAUUAAAGCCGUGAAAAAUUCGCUGAAAACAGCAACAACAACAACAACAGCAACAAGCAAUUGUUGUGUGUAAAAAUAUACGACUAAGUUCUUAUCGGUGUGCGAUCGUUGUUGUUAUUAUUGUUCUAUAUGCUGGUUAGUUGAGUUGUUGUUAUUUUGCCUUAGCCGGCGUCGAUGUCUCGGUGUUAGUGUGUCGGUGUGUUUGUGUGCAAACGAGUUUGCAAAAAAAAAUAAAGAAAAAAAAAUAUUGCAGUUACGGUGGCAAGUGUUGCAGAGAUACACCACCAACAACAACAACGACAGCAGCAGCAGCAACAACGUCAGCGACAGCAACAACAAGUUAGCCAGAAACCAACACACAACCAGCCACAAAAAUAUUGGGAUGCAUUCAUAAAUGAGUGGAGAUAAAUGAAAUCCAAAUAAAAGUGCUGAAAUUAAAUAAAUGUUAAGUAAAUAAGAAACCAAAAAUACCACAAUUAAAUAACGAGCGUGUGCAAAGUGUAGAUCAAUACAAAUCAGCUAUAUAUUAUCCAUAUAUAGGCCAAUAUCCCAGCGCGAGUGCUAAAAUGCUGUCCGUCGCAGCAUCGGUCAUCGUCGGGAUGCAUAAAUCUCUCUGAAAUCAAAAUUAAACCAAUCAAAAUAACCAACUAGCGUAUUAAAUCAAAUCAAAAUUUCAUCAAAACCCAUGUCAAAUUGUUGCCCCAUCAACAGUUUGAGCAAAUAUUUUCUUCGGCCCAACCAAACAUUAAUAAACGGCCUCAAAACGGAGUCCAUAGAGUUUUCCUACGCGGGACUCGAGGAUUUCGAGAUGGAUAUCCUACCGAGUGGCAACAUCUUCAACGAGCUGGAGCGGAUCUGCACCACCGGCUACUUCUCAUCACAGCCGUCGAUCGAGGAUCAAUGGCAACAGACCUGCUACGAACUGGAGCGCUAUCUGAAGGAUGAGCCGAAGCUGCAGAAGAAGAACAACCCCUGGGACAUCUUCUCCACGAACGCCCGCCUGCUCGAGGAGCUGAAGAUCAAGGAGCAGCACCUGGACACGAUCUCGACGACCUCCUCGCUCUCGUCCAUCUGCUCGCGCAUCUCGUGGGACAGCAAUGGCUCCCAGGCGCUCAGUUGCUCCGUGCUGGUGAAGCAGGAGCGGAUCGACGAGGAGGACGACGAGGUGGGCUGUGACGACAAGUUGAGUGUCCUCCUGGCGGCGCCACCCUCGGCCAUCUCCCCCAAUCCCAGCAUCGGCAGUGCGGGCAACAUGACGCCCACCAGCAGCAGCAGCAGCAGCAGCAUCAGCAGCAAUAGCAGUGGCACCUGCAACACCAGCAGCAGCAACAUCAUUGCCAGUCCGCUGAGCAGUCUGGGCAGUGGCAGCACCAUCACAGUGAGCUCCCGGAACAGCACGGCGCCGGGCAUUAAGGUGCGAGUGGUCCAGGCCAAGGGUCACCAGGGCAGCAGUGCGAGAUUGCACCUUGGUCAUGUGCAGGACUUUGUGCUGCCCACGCUCACGCCGCCCUCCUCGCCAGAAUCCAGCCUGCGCAGCCACAACUACGCCCAGCAACUGGAGGCCAACGAUCUGGCGGCACUGAUACAGCAGCAGCGGCAACAGCAGCAGCAACAGCAACAGCAGCAGCAGCAGCAACAUCAGCCGCAGCAGCGACAGGCACAGCAGCAACACCAACAGACGAGCAACUCCACACCCGCAACAGCAAUCCUGCGAUUCACCAGCCAGAGCAAUCCCACAAUGACGCAACUGCAGCAGCAGCAACAGCAGUUGGCCGUCCAGCAUUUGAGCAUAUCGCCGCAGGGCCUCGGCAGCAAUUCGCCCAAGAGCACCAGCAGCAGUAGCAGCAACAGCAGCAACAGCAUCAGCAGCAGCAGUAGCAGCAGCAGCAGCAGCAUCAGCAGCAGCAACAGCAGUAGCAGCAGCAGCAUCAGCAGCUCCAGCAACAACAGCAGCAGCAACACCAGCGAUCAGCCAACCCACAGCAACAUUCCGCGCAGCACCAUCGUCCGACUGACAACGGCCAACGGCAAACCGGGAGCCGCGGGAAUCAGUCUGGCCCGCGUCAUUCAGAUGCAGAACAACGGCAAUGCUAAUGUUGCCGCCGUGCUCAGUGCGGCAGCCAACAGCAGCAGCAGCAGCAGCAGUAGCAGCGGCAGCACCAGCAGCAACAGCAGCAACACAGCGACACCGCAGCAACAGGUGACGUCGCAACGGGCCGAAAAGUCAUCGAAUGGCUCCUCCAAAUCGCACCACCCGCGCCAACAUCACAGCGAACACAGCCCGGACGCCAAGCGGCGAAUACACAAGUGCCAAUUUCUGGGCUGCAAAAAAGUCUACACCAAGAGCUCGCACCUGAAGGCCCACCAAAGAACGCACACAGGUGAGAAGCCGUACAAGUGCUCCUGGGAGGGCUGCGAAUGGAGGUUCGCGCGGAGCGACGAGCUGACCCGCCACUACCGCAAACACACAGGUGCCAAGCCGUUCAAGUGCCGCAACUGCGAUCGCUGCUUCUCGAGGUCCGAUCACCUGGCGCUGCACAUGAAGCGCCACAUGUGAGGCGAGAUUUAAGCGGGGACAGCCGGGAAAGCCGGGAAAGCGGAGAAAGUCGGAAAAGCCAGAGCCGGAGAAAGGAAAGGAGGAGUUCAGCGGAAACUGUGUGCCAUCAAGGAACGAUGAAAAACUUGCGUAACGCUAAUCAAAACCACUUAACUCGUGGAGCAGAGAGGGGUGGUAAAAAUAAAAAUAUAAAAAACAUAAACAAAAAAAAAAGGAGGAAAAACAAAAAAGAAAACAUCACAACACAAGCACAAAGAUGGAAAUUCAAGUUCUCUGAUUCUGAUUGAUAUUUGUGUUGCCAUUAUUGUCGCCGUUAUCGUUUUCGUUAUCGUAUGGUUAUCGUCGUUAUCGUUUCAAUUGCAAAUUCGAUUUGUUUCAAUGCCUUGUUAAGUGUAAGUUUAAGCUAUAGCAGCCUGAUCGCAUUUCCCCCAUUCACACCUAGCAUUUAGCCGCAAGUUUUGAACAAACAGCAAAAAUUGUGUACAAUCUACCAAAGCUAAGCAGAUUUCUUUAAUUAGUGAAGCAGCAACAAAAACAGCAAGCGCUGAAAAAAAACAA